CCAAUACCGUAAUGAUCCGCAAAGAGCUGUAAAAAUGUUGCGUGUCCAGGGCCAUCAUUACGGUACAUGCAGCCUGCGGUGCCCGUGUUGUCGAAUAUUGAGCCGGUGUUGCACUGGAGAACGCUGCGCCGAACAGGACUCGGAUGCAAAGCUUUCCCCUGAGUCACGGAUCGUACCGCAGUCAACCAGAAUUCAAAAGACUGUUUUGGAUACGACCCAGUAGAGUUUCUUUACCUUUUUCUCUGCUGUUUUUGCACGUACCUGUUCAUCUAGGAAGUCACACUUUGGGCUUUGACUCCUGGUGUGACAGGCUUCAAAUCAGUCAUCAAACGACGGAGGAAAUCCAUUUUUAGACGUGGCUUUGAUUCAUUGGGAAGUCCCACACCGGCGAAUCAGAAGGAGAGACAGCCCUCACUCCUCAUCCCCUGUUGUAAGCUUGAACCAGCAUGGCAGAUGACCGACAGCCAGAAGACAGAGCCGCUCAGUGGGACCCCUCUGGGGGCCAGGACCCCACUGGUACCCAUGGGGCCAACGGUUUCUCAUCUUCAUCGUACAGGACAUGCCAGACGAGUGGGACACACACGACAUCUGCCCCCUUCUCUGCUAGGGAGAACGGGUUCAAUGGGGAGUUAAUCGGCGCUCAUGCUAUAACUGCAGAACAAGUGUCUGCAAGGAUUGUGCAGGAAGUGACUGCAGAGGCAGUGGCGGUGCUAAAGGGAGAGCAGGAAAGUCAAAGGUUGCCUUCAGUUGAAGACACCACCAAUUUACCUCCGUCGCCGCCUCCUUCACCUGCCGCAGAACAAUUUGGGCCUCUUGAACAAGAUGUAGGGGAUGAGGAGGAGGCAGGCCCUCUCCGCCGCUUCCAAAAUUCUCGGGAGAGGUGCAAGUUCCUCGCCCCCUCCAUCUCAGUUUCUGUGCCUGAGGACGACCCCUACCACUCCGACGAGGAGUACUAUGAACACCCCUUGUUCAGCCCAGAGUGGACGCACUCGGGCGCCCGCCCCAUGGGGCAGGCUGUGGUCUUUAGACAGAUUGAAGAAGAGACCAUGGAGGCUCUUACAGCUGAAUACGAGGAGGAGGUUGAAGAGGAGGAGGAGGAGGAUGAGGAGGAAGAGGAAAGUGCAGAGGCAGCUCUUGAUGAGCAGCAAUGGAGCGGGGAAGAACCUGACCUGGAUAGCCCUGAAGCUUAUCUUGUAGAGCAGGCAGAGGCCAUAGACAAAGCCCAGGAUCUAGAACUGGUGCUGACAGAGGCAGCUAGUGCUCCGACAGAAAGCUCUAUGGACAGAGAGGAGGAUGAGGAUGAGAAUGAGGAUGAGGAGGAAGCAGAGGAUGAGGAGAGCCCUGAGUCAGCUGUGAAGAUGGACUUGGAAAAACCUGGAAGUGAGAAAAGUGGUUCCAUGAGCCCAGACAGCAUCGGAUCAGAGAAACGUCCAGAAGAGGGUUUUGAGCAACAUGCUCAGGGGUUCUUUGCUGGAGAACGAGUCGUACCUGAGAGUCCCACUAUGGAUAUGCUGUUGUCUACUCCUCCAGAGGUUCAAACUGAAGCCAAAGAAUCUGCAAAGUCAAUCACCCUUCAGCCUAUUUAUGGUGAGCCUCUGACAGUGUCAGAGAAGCAGCCAUCUGUGGAGGUAGUGGAGUUCAGCAGCCUUGGUGCCCCCUCUGAUUUCUCUUCGAUGGGAGUCAAACUUGAAGGAGGAAACUCUACAAGUGAUGCAAUGUCAGCGUAUUUUGAAACAUCAGCCACUGAUGCUUAUGUCUCCCCCCAGGUUAAGGGUGAGGGUUAUUAUGAACUGAGCAGAGUCGGUGAAGAGAAGAAUGCUGUUGAUUCAAAGUCUCAAAAGAUUGGGCCACCAGUGACGGGGAGUUGUGAAAUGCAAAAUAAAGACGCUCAAGAUUUCUCAGUUCCUGACAGGGGGAACGAAUGCAAGCUUUCCCCUGGUAAACUGGCUUUGGAGCAAAGAAGCUACUCCCUAAACAUUACUAUUGGAACAAUGGAUCAAAGUGGCCAAGACCGAAUGAGGAAUUUUUCACCUCUGGCCAUGGAUAUUAUGACCCACACUAGUGGCAGUCUCGAUGAGUCAGCAGAUUACCUCCCAAUUACUACUCCCUCUGGAGAAAAGCCAUCUCACUUCCCUCCACUAAUUCUGGAGACUGCAGCUUCAAUCACUUCUGAUUCCUCAUCUCCACCAAGGAUGGUUGAAGCCAUUUCAAACCCCAGCCCUGGACAACAGUCACCUGAAUCCCCUGAGUCACCCCAUCAGUGUGAGACCAGCCCUAAACAUAACACAGUCAUGACCCAAGACUUGCCUGAGAUCCUAGAUCUUGCUGGGUCCCGUUCUAGGCUUUCAUCUGAAAACACUGACACAGAACUAGUACGGAGAAAAUCAUUUCAAGCCCUCCCUGAUGACCUGCUGGCUGACUUUGUCUCAGGUGAACAAAGUCCUGGAAUUAAAAAAAGUGACAGUCAGCUGGAAGAGAUGGGCUAUUGUGUGUUCAGUGAAUACUCAGGACCUAUGCCAUCCCCUGCUGAUGUGAUUAGCCCAACAAAGACUUGUACACAGGUCUUCACCCCUGCUGUUCUUGAGGAGAAAGUUGCUGCGCAAGUCAGGAAACUAGCAGUCAGAGACACAUCUGAGGAAGACAAGAGCCAGGCUUUAGACCUGACUGUCAUUGAAGAAAAAGAGAAGAGCCAAAGUGAGAGAAAAGAUUCCGCCAAAGAAGGCCAAAAGAAUAUAAUUGACCAGUUGAAUACAUCAGUAAUUGAACAGGUAAAACCGUCUGCCCUCCCAGGGGAAUCGUUUGUGACACCCACUGUUACAGUGACUUUAGAAGAAGGUGGGAGGUCAGGAAGUGAGACAGAAAGACAAGCUAGUGGCGAAGGUUAUGCUUCUGAAACUGAGAUCGCUGACUAUGAGAGGCAGAUCCGCAAACUGGAGAUGGAGGGCAGGCCUCUCAGUUUGGAGGAAGAACGUGAGUUACGUGAGCUUCGGGAGAAGGUGAAGCUGGUGCAUCAGGAGGCCUAUGAGGAAGUGGAUGCUGAAGAUGUGUAUCAGUUGACGGGGGUGGCGAAAGACCGCAUUGCUAGGCCUGUGAAGACUUCACCAACUUCGUCAGUGGAAAGUAAUAUUGAUGAUGAUAAACUACUUUCGCCAGUGCUCUCACCAUCCAAGCUUAAACAAAAAGAACUUUAUGGUUCCCCUAAAAGAGCACCAUCACCAGUGAUAGCAGUAACCAAAGAGGGCACACAGAACUCUGAUAAAAAAGCAAGAGAACAGAGUGAUGAAGAAGCAACAGCGGGAGAAAUAAAGCCUGAGAAAGAGGAGACAGAGAAGAAAAUAACAGAAAAGACAGAAAAGAAACUCAAUGAAAUAAAAGAAAGAGAAGAGAAAGAAAGGAGAAAAGGUGAAGAAGAUGCAGCGGAGAUGAUUCAAAGGGAAGAAAAAGACAACGCACCAAUGAGACACACAGAAGGACAAGAGAAGGAGGAAUGGGAAACUAAAGUAAAGGAAGAGGGGAUUGAGAAAGAAAAGGAAGAGGCAAAUAGAAAAGAGAGAGAGAAAAAAGAAAAGGAAAUAAAAGAAAAGGAAGAGGCCGAUAGAUUAGAGAGACAGAAAAAGGAAGAGAAGGAAAUGAAAGAAAAGGAAGAGGCCGAUAGAUUAGAGAGACAGAAAAAAGAAGAGAAGGAAAUGAAAGAAAAGAAAGAGGCCGAUAGAUUAGAGAGAGAGAAAAAAGAACAGGAGAAGGAAAUGAAAGAAAAGGAAGAUGCCAAUAGAUUAGAGAAAGAAAGGAAAGAAAAAGUGGACAGCGAAAUGGGAGACAAGGAAGGGGCAGAUGCAUUGGCGGAAGAGAGCAAAGAAAAACAGAUACAAAUUAGAGAAGAGGGAGAGAAUAAGGAAAGGGAGACUAAAGAAAAGGGAAAAAGGAUUGAGGAAGAAAGGAAAGAAAAGGAGGAGAUAGAAAAGGAAGAGACAGGUAAAUUAGAGAAAGAAAAGCAAGGAAAAGAGGAGAAGGAAAUCAAAGAAAGGAAAGAGGCAGAGAAAAUUGAGAAGGAAAGUAAAGAAAAACAGGAGAGGGAAAAGAGAGAAAGGGAAGAAGCACAGAGGAUUCAGGUAGAAAGGAAAGAAAAAGACCAGGAAAUGAGAGAGAAGAAAGAGGCAGAGAGGACUGAAAUAGAGAGGAAAGAGAAAGAGAGGAGGAAAAUAGAUGAAAGGGAAGAGAAAGAAAAGGAGAAAGAGGAAAGGGAAAUGAAAGAAAAAGAGAUGAGGGAGAUUGAAGAAAAGCUGGAGCAAGAAAAGUUAGCAAUAGCAAGGAAAGAGGAAAAAGAAAGAAAUGAAAAUGAGUUAAAGGAGAAGGAAAAUCAGCUUCAGCUGGAGAUACAAAAUGUUGAAGAGAAAAAAAUAAUGGCUGAAUUGGAUAAAAACAGACCAUCUGAAAAAGAACCGGAACAGGAGUUAGCAUCUGGAGCACCUGCGGUCAAAGAUGUCCCUGAGACUCGUGCUGCCAUUGAAUCAGUGGUGACGGUAGAAGACGACUUCAUCACUGUCGUUCAGACCAUCGACGAAGCGGAUGAACCGGGACACAGCGUUCGUUUCUCUGCUCCACCUGAAGCCUUGUGUAUACCUAGCGGGGAAGAGCAAGAGGAUUACGAGGAUGAGGAGAAUGAUGAUGACGAUGAGGAUGAUGAGGACGAGGAGUCUGUGGAGUUGGCCCAGGAGGCUGACAUUGAGGCUGCCAGUUUUGAAGAGGUUUGUGACAUUCCUGAUACCCCUGGAUCUCCUGAUAGGGAAGCUCAAACAGUAGAAACAGAAGGUCAAACGGAAAGUUAUGACAGAGAUGAAACCACCAUGGAUGACUCCAUCCUGGACAGCUCUUGGGUGGACACACAAGAUGAUGAUAAGAGCAUGGCUACAGAGCAGAUACAGCCCUUGCUCAAGGCCCCCAGUCCUGUCAAAAAGUCCACUGUCAUCCAGAAGAAGGAGACACACCAGAAGAGAACAGAGAAGCACGAGAAGCCUGUCAAGCCUAAAACUAAGGGUGGGCGAAUUAAAGGCAGACUUUCCACUCCUGAACGCAAACCGCUGCACAAGGAAUCUGUUUAUGUCCCUCGAGAGAAGAAAAAAGCUGUGAUAAAGAGGACCGAGUUUACAAAAAAAAUGGAAGCUCAAACUCUGUCCCCGUCCAAGAGGAUUGGACCGAAACAAGCUGUCCGCCAGACCCGCUCUACCCAGCAUCAUUCUUGUCCUAGAAGGAGACCCACAGAGCAACUUUCUGACAGUCGUCAGCCACUCACCGUUGCUCGCCGAUCUUGCGACAGGGCGUUGUGCCAUGCUCAGCAUAUUUCUCUAGCAAAGACACACACCUUCAUGUCCACAAUGGUUACUUCAUUAAAUGGACCUCAUCCAUCCUCAGGAUCAGUGUUUGCAACUGUCAUAGCCAAGGAUGGUAGAUCACAAAGUCCCGACAAGAGAACUUCUAUGCCGCGGCAAGCCUCCUCUCUUAGUCGCCGUGGAUACCACGAGCAUGAGGACAGUUCAACCUCCAUCACCAGCUCCGGUUCAACAGCACCCCGUAGACCCACAACCUGCCGUGCAGUGAUGAGGGCAGAGCAAAGGACAGGUCGAGCUCCCAGUAUGACAGUCUCAGAGCCACUGCGCUCCCGUUCAGCCCGCAGUGGCCACUCCACACCACGGACGCCCGGCUCUAGUGCCAUGACCCCUGGGACACCUCCCAGCUGCUCAUCAUCCUCAAGGACCCCGGGAACCCCUCAUUCCCUCAGCUUGAUGUCCCAGGAGAGGAAGGUGGCGGUGGCCCGCACCCCACCCAAAUCCCCCGCCACCACUCCCAAGCAGCUCCGAGUCAUCAACCAACCUUUACCUGACUUCAAGAAGGUGCGGUCCAAAGUUGGCUCCAUAGACAAUAUCAAGUAUCAGCCCAAAGGUGGACAGAAGCACAAGGAGCAAAUAAUGGCAGCUGAGGCCAAACACAAGGCCUCCUCUUGGAUCUGGAACUCAGUGCUACGGGUCAUCUCCUUUACUCUGUGUCUGUCAGCGGCUCACAGUAUGACCUGGACCCACGGGAUGCUGAAUCAUAUUUUAAACAAGAAGCUGGACUUCAGGUAUAUGCAAUCAAAAUGCAGCUCCAAGGAUAAUCUGAAGCAACCUCCCAGUGGAGGCAAUGUUCUCAUCCCCUGUGUUAAGAUGGACUAUAGCCAUGUUCAGUCUAGGUGUGGGUCCUUGGACAGGAGGGGCUACUCAGCAGGAGGUGGCAAUAUACAGAUACAGAACAAGAAGAUUGAUCUGAGUCAUGUGACCUCAAAGUGCGGCUCUCUAGACAACAUUCACCAUCGCCCUGGGGGUGGUAAUGUCCGCAUUGAGAGUGUGAAGUUGGACUUUAAAGACAAAGCCCAAGCCAAGGUGGGAUCCCUGGAUAAUGCUCACCACACUCCAGGAGGAGGUCGUGUUACAAUUGAGAGCCACAGGUUGACGUUCCGCGACCACGCCAAGGCCCGAGUGGACCACGGAGCAGAGAUCAUCGUUCGGUCACCGGGCCGGUCCCGUUCCAUGUCGCCCCAUCGCCACCGGGAUAGCCACGUUUCGUCGUCUGGGAGUCUCAACAUGUUGGAGUCGCCACAGUUAGCGACCUUAGCUGAGGACAUCACUGCUGCGCUGGCCAAGCAGGGUUUGUGAACAUGCAUCAUGGAUGCUCUUACACUGAACGUGUGAGUCAUUCACCACCUACCCACCGCCUUGAGGCCCACUUAGGGUGAUCACAACCUGGCUUCACAUUUCAAAGACCCACCAGAAGGGACUCCUAAACUUUGGUCCUCUCUGUCUGUUUGCAUCUCUGACCUGUACUAUUUCUUCCUGAUUUCCUCGGCCUCUCCUUUUGAAUGAUGUUGCCUAGAAUAGUUCACCUGUAGUGCUACACGGGAUAACCUGUACAUAAAAAUGGCGGGUGGGGCGGGGUGGGAGGAGCGACCUUGGCUUUAUCGAUCUCGGGUCUACAGUUUAAAAAGCGAUAGCUUUGAUUUACGUGUGGCCAUAUUCUGUACGUGGAAGUAAUGUGGCCAGCACAUCACGCUGCACGUGUUGUUCCUGCUAACGUGCAUGGACGGCAGACCCCUUAAUAAGCCGAGCAUCCUUACUGCUAGUCAUUUUUUCCCUCCGUAUAUAUAUAAAGAGUUUUUUUCAAAACGAGACAUAGACAUUUUUUUCAGAUUUACGAAACUCGCGCCAAAAUUAUCCA